AUGGAUUUGUCAAGUGUGUCGGCUCGACCUCCUACUCUUGAUAGUGGUGGGAAGAACUACAACUUGUGGAAAAGUAGGAUGAAAAUCUAUAUCAAAUCUAUUGAUGAACGUGCCUGGGUGGCUGUGUUGGAUGGAGCCUUAAAUGCUAUCUUUAUCUCUGUUGAUGUUCCUGCCUUUCGCAUGAUUUCUAAUUGCACGGAAGCUCGAGAUGCUUGGCUCAUUUUGCAGGAACAAUGUGAAGGUUCAGCCAGUGUUAGAGCAACAAAAAUGCGAAUGUUGACCACCAAAUUUGAGAUUUUGAGAAUGCGUGAUGAUGAGACUUUCUCUGCAUAUUAUGAAAAACUUUGUGAAAUCUCAAAUGAAGCUGUUGGACUUGGAGAACCUAUUAGCAACGAAAGAUUGGUCAGUAAGAUACUGAGAUCUCUACCUGAAAGGUAUAACAUGAAAAUCUCCUCAAUUGAAGAAACUGUUGAUGUUGCUACUCUGCGUGUUGGGGAUCUGGUCAGUAAGUUGUUAACUUUUGAGAUGAAUCUCGAACAGCAGAAAGCUGAUCAUGUGUCCAAAAGUGUGGCUUUUCGUGUUGAAAAGAUUCCUGAAAACUCUGAAAUUACUAACUUGUCUGAGUGUACAGAUAUUGAUCACGAGGAGGAAGAUGAUGUUAAUCUUGCUAUGUUGGUUAAAAAUUUUAACAACAUGCUGAAAUCCUUUAAGAAAGGAAAAUCCAAAAAUGGUUUUAGGAAACCUUCUGGGAUGUCUGCUGGAUCUUCAUCCAACAUCACCAAUGUUAAGAAGAAUGUUGGAACAACAUCGGAAGUAAGAAGUGUUGAUCACAUUCAAUGCAGGGGCUGUCAAGGGAUGGGUCACUAUGCAAAUGAGUGUCCCACAGUUGCAAGAAAAAGGCAUUCUGGUCUUACUGCAACUCUUAGUGAUGACUCAGAUUCUGAGGAAGAAAAAGUUCUCCUUAUGGCUACAGUUGAUGAAGAGCAUUUGCAGGAAGAAGACAUGAUUGGAGCCCUUGAAAAUCUUGAUGAUGAAAUGAUUUAUUCAGAUAGUUUUUCUGAAUCUGGAACUCUAAGUGUUGAUGACAAUAUUCCCAGAUCCGACUGUGAUGUUGAUCUGAUUGAUGUGCCUGACAAUAUGAAUGUUGAUGUUGAUGUUGCCAACACUGACGUGAACAUCUCUUCUGAAAAUGAUCAGUUUGAUGUGAUUUUUAACAAUGAUGUUUUUGACAUGGAUACUGAUGUUCAGGAGAUUGAUGGGAUGAAGAUCCCCACUAACACAACGAACUGGUAUGAAAUGACUAUUCUUGAUGAUUUCAACUCUAGUAUACCGGAUUUUUGUUGUGUUGCAGCCUUGGAAGAACAGGAGAGUGAUCCACUGAAAGAGAUGGAGAAUUUUAAAGAGCUCUAUGAGAUUGUUGAUUCUCAAUGUCGGGAGUUGAGAAAUGACAUCUGUAUGUUGGUUGAUGAAAAUCAAAAUCUCAAAGGGCAAAUUACAAGGCUUGAAAGGAUGCUCUCUCAACGUGAUGUUGAACUUGAUUUACUCCGAGGUAAAGUUUGUGAGUCUGAAAGGGUGUUUAAACGGUUUAACAAAGGGACCUCAUGUUUAAAUGAAGUUCUGUCUCAUGGUCAGCAUAGUAAUACUGGUCUUGGUUUCUGUGCUGAGGAGCAAAGAAGCAACAUCAUGUUUGACUGUUACCAGAAGAAUGUUAGUAACACUGGCAGGUUUGACUUUAGAAGAUUGUUGGAUAAGAGAGAACAGAAUGAAACCUGUAAUACUGUUGUCUACACCUCCUUGAAUGCUAAUAUUUCUGAGAAUUGGUACUUUGACAGUGAGUGUUCUAGACAUAUGACAGGAACAAAGGCUUUACUCUAUGAUUUUGUUCCAACAUCUGGAGGAAAAGUUACUUUUGGAGGAGGUGCGAAAGGAACAAUUCUGGGGAAAGGAGUUCUUAAUGUUACUGAUUUUCCUAAAUUAAAAGAUGUGUAUCUUGUUGAAGGGCUUAAAGCUAACCUGUUUAGCAUAAGUCAGUUAUGUGAUGCAGGUAUGACUGUAAAAUUCGACAAACAUCUUUGUGAAGUCUUUGAUGACACAAAUCAGUGUGUGAUGAUGGGAAAAAGGUCGUCUGACAAUUGCUACAAGUCCCAAGAAGAAACGUUCUGCAAUGCAGUCAAACUUGAUGAUGUUGAGCUUUGGCAUCAACGACUGGGACAUGUCAACUUCAAGAAUCUUCAAAAGUUGAUCACACAUGAGGUUGUUCGAGGCCUUCCUAAUCUGAACUUCAAGAAAGAUGUUGUGUGUCAACCUUGCCAGAAGGGGAAGCAACACAAAACAGCUCAUCCAAUGUUGUCAACAUGCUGUACCUCGAAAUGUUCGAACUCCUGCAUAUGGAUCUGA